GAAGUUCUUUUAGAAACUCAGAAUAUUAAUAUUCAAAUAGAUUAUAUAGAAAAUAUUGAAGAGAUUUUAGAAUCAAGUACAAGCAAAAGACCUUAUGAAUCUAAUGAAAGUGAAAGUAGUAAUAAAU